CCUCGGGUGUUUUUUUUUUGCUAUCUGUAACUCAUCUUUGCUAGUCUGCUAAAAAUCUUUUGGUCAUGUGAGGAUUAUCUCUGACCUAUUGAAUUAAAGUAAUUCUUUAUAUAUUCUGAACAUGUUUCUUUGCUGAAACAGGGUUUGCAAAUAUUUUCUCCUGUCUGCACAGAGUCUGUGCUUGUAAACGCUCCCUGUAUCACCUCUCAAUGCAAACUGGAAUGAUUGAGAAACUUGGAUGGCCAGUGGUUCACUCCUACCAGCCAUUGUGGGGCUUACAGUGAUGAAAAGAUUGGGCAACCCUGCUGAAACUUUUUGUCCAAACAUCCAAUAACCACAUUUUUACUAAAUGAAUCUCUUUAAUUCUGAUACAGACUGCACAGUCCUCUCAGAUGUGAAGAAUCAAGAUUGCUGAUAUGAAUAUCUCUGAACUCUGUCUUUACCUUGACUGAAAACAACUAGAAGCUUCCCAGCUAUAUAUAAACACCGCCCUAGGCAACUUGUCUCGGGGCAUUCUGUGUUCACGAAACCGGGGGAUCCCUUGCGGAGGAAGAGCAUCUCCAGAAGUUAGGGUCAGAAAUGAGUGGAUCUUGUAAAAGCACUUCUCCCAAAAGGAUUAUCCACUUUGCCAAUGGAGACACCAUGGAGGAAUACAGCACAGAAGAAGAUGAAGAAAAGAAGGAACAGAGCUCAGCACGUGACUCUUCUAAGUCUUCAUGGGGAGCAUACAUCUGGUUUUGGGCAGGUCGAGUGGGAAGCAAUUCAAUUUCUACUUGUGAAUUCCUUGGUGAAAGAUUUGCUGCAUUCUUUGGCCUCACUGAACCCAAAUACCAGUAUGUGCUGAAUGAGUAUCACAGAAUGCAAAAUAAGGAAGGUGAUAAGGAAAGUGAUGGGAAGGAAUCAAAGGCCCAGGAAGCUGAGGUUCCUGAUGAAAAGUGUCACUUGGGAGCUGGUGGCCAAGAGUAUGGGGCCAUUGCUUCCAGAGAAGGGCUGGAGGCAGAUACCAGCUCAUGAUGGACAACAGAAGCUACCCCAGCAUUCUUAUUGGUUACCAUGGUAGCCGCACAAUAGAAAGUACUUCUGAGCUUCAUCUGGUUCUAAG